AUGAACCCCUUGACAGAUUUUCACCCGACAAGUUUUCCUGUCUUGUCAUUUAAUGGCUACCAGGGCUCGCCGAAAGAUCAGAUUGACCUUGUCAUUGACGAUUACCAUGAUAUUGCGAGAGAACCAGCAAGAGUCAACGCUUUGGCAGUAGCAUGGGGACUAGUGCUGGCUACUUAUACGAAUUCGACUGAUGUGCUGUUUGGUCUUGUACGGCCUUGUUCUUCUGGUGUGCAACCAUAUGCUCUGAGACUCCAACCAGAGGAUUCCGUCAUGGCAGCAUUGAGUCAGGGGGAGGAUAUUAUCAAUGCAUCGGAUGAGACAGUGGAAAGCGCCAUCAAAUUCAAUAACAUUUUCGUGAUUUGCAAAGCUGGCGAAGAAAGCUCUGAAGCAAAAAGCAACACAUGUCCUCUCCAAAUAAAUUGCCGAAUCCAGCCAGAUGCCAUUCAAAUACGAGCUAUUUUUGAUGGAGAACUUUUGGCGCUGGAACUCUUGAGGACCAUUCUCUUUCAACUGCGCCACGUCUAUACAAGGAUCAUAUACAACCCCCAUAUAUCUGUUGCCGACGUCCAAGGCAGUAGUCCGGAAUCCAUUGAGAAGAUCCUUCAGUGGAAUGCGGAAACAACGCCUCAACGCGUUGAAAAACUCGCUCAUCAUCUCAUCGAGCAACAGUGUCGUGAACAGCCAUCUGCUCCAGCGAUCAGUGCAUGGGAUGGUAAACUCACGUUCAGCGAACUGGAUGAACAUGCAUCCAAAAUGGCCGCUCGCUUAGUGGCCAGUGGCGUGGGCCCAGAUCAGUUUGUUGGCCUGCUCAUGGAGAAAUCCAUGUGGACUACUGUGGCGAUCUUUGCGGUGUUAAAAGCUGGUGGGUGCUUUUAUCUCCUGGAUGCCUCGCAACCCGCCAAACGUCUCGCUUUGAUGUGUCGCAAGGCUCAACCACGACUCAUCCUAGUGUCAGCCAAACAUGAAGCUCUGGCUGAGCAGUUGGACGUCCCCAUCUGGGUAGUUCCUCGUGAUUCAGAAACGGGUGAAAUUUCCGCAGCGGAGUCGCAACAACUCGCAGCUGUUCAGCCGCAUAAUAUCAUGUAUGCGGGUUUUACCUCUGGCUCGACAGGUGAGCCUAAGGGCUUUGCGAUGGAUCAUACAGCCUUCGCGAGUGGCCUGACGAACUACUGCCAACAAUUAAGUUUGUCUCCUCAGUCGCGUGUAUUACAAUAUGCCUCCUAUGCUUUCAUCGUCAGUCUCACAGACCAACUCGCUCCUCUUACUCAGGGUGCCUGUAUCUGCGUACCAUCCGAACAGCAGCUGCAGGACGACUUGCUAGGGGCAAUUCGUCACCACGAUGCGAAUUGGCUCAAACUGACACCAUCGGUGCUUCGCCUUCUGGAGCCUGGAGAGAUUUCUGGACUGAAGACAUUGGUCAUGGUGGGUGAGCCCAUGGCAGCGACGGAGCUGGCCAAGUGGCAGCAUAGUGGGGUCAACCUCUUGUCCCUGUAUGGAAUGUCGGAAAACUCCAAGGGUUGCAGUUACGGCAGUCGCAACGAGUCCGGCUGCGAUAUUCGCCAGUUCAGCCGGCCACUAUGUGCAACUCCGUGGGUGGUCAGUCCUCAUGAUCCAGACAUCCUCAUGCCGAUUGGGGCGGAAGGAGAGCUGCUGCUUGAAGGGCCAUGUUUGAGUAGAGGAUAUAUGGAUAAUCCAGAGCAAAACCGGAUGACCUUUUUGCACGAUCCCGCUUGGCUGAAACAGCUCCGACCCGAGAGCAAUAGUCGGUUCUUGAGGACAGGUGAUCUCGCCAAACACAACCCGCACGAUGGGACCUUACACUUGCUAGGCCGCAAAGGAACUGGGCUGGUCAAAAUUCGCGGCCAGCGGAUCGAGCUUGCUGAGAUCGAACACCACCUGUGCCCUCAAUUCAACACUCAAGAACCGGCGGUGGUCGACGUGGUCAUUCCAUCAGAUGACACAGCCCAAAACGCACUGCUGGUUGCCUUUGUUCCUAUUGGAAAGCAACAGUCCACGCUCCAUCGGGAUGGUCUGGUCGAAGGCCUCUUUGCCUUACCCACUCAGGAUUUCCGCCAGAAAGCCAGAAACGCCCUGUCAAAUCUGCACCAGGCUCUCCCCAGUUUUAUGGUCCCUCCGGCAAUUGUGGCCACUGUAGCUUUGCCACAAACCGCCACUGGUAAGCUGAAUCGGCGAGUGCUGCGCGAAGAAGCAUCCAAGCUGUCCCGCAAAGACCUGCUAGCAUACAUCUCCCACGACUCUGCCCAUCAAGAUCCCACAACCCCCCAGGAGAUUAUCAUUCAAACUGUUUGCUCGCAGGUGCUUAACCUUCCAUUGGCAACGAUUGGAAUGCAGUCCAACUUCUUUGAUCUCGGCGGUAACUCUAUUACCGCUAGAGAGUUGGUAACGAAGUGCCGGCAAAGCGGCCUGCAUAUUACCGUGGCCGAUAUAUUCCGAGCAUCAUCCCUGCUGAGUCUUGCUCAGUGUCAUCAAGUUGUUGACACCUCAGUCCCAACCGAGGCAUAUGACCCGUUCAAGGCAGUUCGGGAUGAUUUUCUCGCCAAUCUCCCGGCUUCGUUGGCCGUAGACCAGAUCGAGGACGCUUUUCCAACACUUGAGGAACAAAAUACCAUGGCUUCCACACAUAUGCUCGACUACCACCUUUAUGAAUUGAACGGCCCCGUUGAUGCAUCCCAACUCCAUCAUGCCUGCCAAGCAGUUGUCGACAAGCAUACCAUCUUACGCUCGAUUUUCAUCCCCUUCCGGGAGGACAUACUACAGGUUAUUCUGCGCCAUGUAGAUGUACCCUUCACCAUUCAUGCUUCAGGAGACCAAAGUGCUCAAAUCUGGGCCAAAUCAUUUUGCGAGGCCAAAUUGAAGAAAACCUAUCUCGCAAAUGAGCCCCGAGUUGAGUUCAAACUAGUUCAAGAUGCACCCAACCACUCCAUCCUGAUCAUCAGGCUGCUACACGCCCAGUACGAUGCAAUCGGUCUCCAGAAGCUUGUAUCCGAUCUGUGGGCCGAAUACGAUAACCAAGAAGCUCGCAUCGAAUCUGACUUUGCCGCUUAUGCGCGUGAGUGCUUCCGACAGAGAACCUCCCAGGCGUACGAAUUCUGGGGAAACCUGCUCCAGAAUUCACAAGUCACUCCAGUUCCCUUGCCCACUAUUGCGGUAGAAUGUGAGGAAAGCGUGGGCUUCGAGAGGGAGAUGCCUUUGCCUACACCCCCCGCCGGGAUAACCAUGGCUACGGUUAUCAAAGUAGCAUGGGCAACGGUUCUGCAAGAAUGGACAGGCUCCUCCGACGUUGUGUUUGGGCAAUUGAUCACCACGCGAAGUCUACUUCUGCCCGGCGUUGAAGAAGUUCUCGGUCCUUGCACUAAUACAAUUCCAGUGCGAAUUCAACGAACUCUGAAAUCCGAGACUCCCCAUGAUCUACUUCGUGCUGUUCAGUCUCAGCAUGCUGAGAGUAUUGGGUUUGAGACCAUUGGAUGGAAUGAUGUGGUGGACAAUUGUACCAAGUGGUCUACAGGAAGUAAACCAGGAUCAGUGGUAUUGUUUCAAAACUACAACAAAAGUGUAAGAACACAGUUUGGUCAGCUGUCCUGCCAGAAGAGUACGCAGUUCUUCAAUCUCCCCCCUGAGGAUGUCGUAUGGUUGCUUGUGUUUCCUACUAGCACGACUGCUUUGUUUGUGAUCGAGUCGUCCAACUCGAUUCUCAGGAAGGAUGAGGUGGACCCACUUCUGGAUCGAUUCUGUGAAGUCUUGCUGGAGCUUUGCAGCAAGCAGAAGGAAUGA